GGAGGGAGAGAAACAUUAGCUCGUCUAAACCGCCGUGCCAGGACUCCUCUCCUACAGUUACUGUAGAAUAACACUGGAUAUACCGAAGGAUGUUUACAGGCACGUCUUGGAAAUCAUGUUCUGAUUUCUGCAGCUCGUCUUCAGAAAAGACUUUGAGUGAUUCUGGAUUAGUGCUACGUAAACAUCGAGAGAGGAAAACUUGACUUGUUAAAUUUACAAUUUAUUAGCAAAGCAGUUGAAUUACGCAGGCGUCGAUCGGAGACGAACGCUGCUCCUAAACGCUCGUUUAAAAAAAAAAUAAAGGAUGCAUAAUCGACGUUCUGCUGCAGACGGAGAGGAAAUUGGCGUCAUUUCAGAGCGUGAUUAUAGCGAGCUGGUAAACAAAACAGAAAAUGAAGUGUCUGAUGUUUGAGUUGAAAGUAGUUGCCUCAUCACGGCAGACUGUGUGUGAGUGUGUAUGUUGGAAUUUAACACUCUUGUGUAAGACAGACAGGUAGAGAGAGAAUGCCACUCUGCAGGAAGUGUCACGAUGGCUGUGUAGAUAUGACGUGGAAUGCGGCCCCGACUCUUCCUCAAACCAGCCCACGUUUGUUGACAAGUGAUCGAGCCUGGCGCUUUAAACAUGGAGCGGAUAAAACGUUUGGAAUAAAUCGUGUUUUUGCACUUUCGCCACACGUGGAACGCUUGAAAACGACCUCCGUGAAGUUUUUUUGAAGACUGAGCGUUCUCAGAGGGAAGAACCUCAAAGGGGGUUUCAACCCCUGACCACCCCACCAGCCAACCAACCACCACCAACAUCUUCAGGACCCGUCCCUGCUGAGGUCACUUCCCGAGAGAGGAGCUAAAGAUCGUUGGAUUGGUGGAUCACUCGACGUGUCUGUGGGAGGUGAAUCUGCUGUGGGCCAUGUGUUUCUGGUGAGGUCUCAUCUUUCCGCCAAAAUGAGGCUGACGCCCGGCUCGCCUCGCCUGCCCGUCCUGCCAGCCGUCCUGGCUCUCACCUUAGCAGCCUUCUUACCUCAGCUGUCCUCAGGAGCCAUGCCGUUCCCCCAAGACCUGGAACCAAUCAGCGUCGUGGGCAGAGAAUCCUCCUACCUCUACCCCGGCUUCCAGGGACUCAUGUCGGACAAUGACACCGUCCGCCUGGGCCUGGACUUCCAGAGGAUGCUGAGGAUCAACCACAUGCUCUACAUCGCUGCCCGGGACCAUGUGUUUGCCGUCAAUCUCGCUACUUCAUCUGAGCAGAUAAUCCCUCAGCAGAAACUGACUUGGAAGACGAAGGAUGUGGAGAAGUGUACUGUGAGAGGGAAGAACAGCGACGAAUGUUACAACUACAUCAAGGUGCUGGUGCCGCGCAACGACGAGACGCUGUUCGCCUGCGGCACCAACGCCUUCAACCCCACCUGCCGUAACUAUAAGAUGUCCACACUGGAGCAGGAAGGUGAGGAGGUGGUGGGACAAGCUCGCUGUCCCUUCGAGUCCCGCCAGUCCAACGUCGGCCUUUUUGCAGGCGGCGACUUCUACUCGGCCACCAUGACGGACUUCUUGGCGAGCGACGCUGUGAUUUACCGAAGUCUGGGAGAGAGCAGCCCGGUCCUGCGUACGGUCAAGUACGACUCCAAAUGGCUGCGAGAGCCCCAUUUCCUCCACGCCAUCGAGUACGGGAACUAUGUGUACUUCUUCUUCAGCGAGAUCGCAGUGGAGUACACCACUCUUGGCAAGGUGGUUUUCUCCAGAGUCGCACGUGUUUGCAAGAACGACAACGGCGGUUCGCCGAGGGUGCUGGAGCGUUACUGGACGUCGUUCCUCAAAGCCCGGCUGAACUGCUCCGUCCCCGGCGACUCCUUCUUCUACUUUGACGUCCUGCAGUCGCUGACAAACGUGCUGCAGAUCAACCACCGGCCCGCCGUGCUCGGCGUCUUCACCACGCAGGCCAACAGCAUCACCGGCUCGGCAGUCUGCGCUUUCUACAUGGACGACAUCGAGAAGGCCUUCAGUGGCAAAUUCAAAGAGCAGAGGAACAGUGAGUCAGCGUGGACACCGGUUCCUGAGGAGCAGGUCCCAAAGCCGAGGCCGGGAUGCUGCGCCGGCGAGGGCUCGGCGGCCGCCUACAAGUCGUCCACCACCUUCCCCGACGACACCCUGACCUUCAUCAAGUCGUACCCGCUCAUGGACGAGUCCGUCCCCUCGGUCAACGACAGACCUUACUUCACCCGCACCACCAGCAGAUUCAAGUUGACCCAGAUAGCGGUGGACACGUCUGCGGGGCCGUAUAAGAACUACACGGUGGUUUUUCUGGGCUCAGACAACGGACACGUGCUGAAGAUCCUGGCCAGCACCGAGGGAGCCAACGCGUCCUUCAGCACCCAGCUCCUGGAGGACAUCGACGUCUACAACCCCAACAAAUGCAACGUGCGGGGCGAGGACAGGAGGGUGCUGGGUCUGGAGCUGGAUCGGGAUCAUCACGCGUUGUUCGUGGCGUUCUCCAGCUGCGUGAUCCGCGUGCCGCUGAGCCGCUGUGCCGACUACAGCACCUGCAAGAAAAGCUGUCUGUCUUCACGGGACCCGUACUGCAUUUGGCUCAAGUCAGGCAGCUGUGCCACGGUCACACCUGGUUUCAAAGGCGGGUUUGAACAGGACGUGGAGGACGGUUACCAUCAGCACCCUGAUACCUGCCACGAUGUCCUGGCGACCACUCGCAAGCAAAACACGGCGCUAGACUCGGCGUAUGGGAAGACCACACCCACAAGCGCCAGCACAACCUAUCAUGGGGCGGCAUUCCCAAAGGAGGCAGGUGACCCUGAAAGAGGUACAGGUCCUGAUGGCCCUCCCCCAGUGGGGGAACAAGGGUCACCUGACUCGGAGCCAAUCAGUGUGGAGAUGGAGGGCGUGAGGCGACCACCAGAGCUGGAGAAGACCAAUCACAGUGUCCAUUAUACUCUCCUGAUCGCUUGUGUUUUGGUGGCCUUUGUCCUUGGCGCCUUCCUCUCUGGCUUCCUGGUUUCCUGCUACUGUAACCACACGGGCCACAAGACCAAGAAGUUGUCGAAAGAUCCCGAGGCCCCGAUCCCGCACGCCCUGUCCCUUCGCAGUCUGGCUAAGCUCAACGGCCUCCUGGACAGCCAGAGUAAAGACGAGAAGCUGGAGGUGUCUUCUCCAAAGAUCUACAACUCCUUUUUCGCCAACAGCAAGGAGCAUCAUCCUCCGAGGAGAAACGGCCACCACCACGGAAUGACAAUGGGAGACCUGGUCCACCCCCACCAUCACCACCACCUCCACCACCAUUCCUCAGAGCUGUCUGGACUGCCUACGCCUGACUCGACCCCAGAACUGCCCAUCAAAAGCAUGAAAGCCUUCAAGAACCAGUGGGAGAAGAACCAGAACUGCAACAAUGCCAAGGAACCAAAGUCCCACAACAUCGGCUCCAGGCCAAGCUCAGCCCUGCUUCACCAGCAGGUCUUCCCGUACUCCCACGGCCUGUCCAAUGGACAACCACUAGUUGGAGGUCACCUCCAUCCAGAAGAACGCAAAAUCCAUAAUGUUGAGCGCGUGUUGUCUCAGCAACCUUACCCUGGUUACGCUCAGAAGGUGAUGGAGGUAACCUCCCUGGAUGAGCUCCUGAAGCACAUCCACGAUUCAGGCGGCAGCAAGAACUCCCAGUUAAUGAGCCCAUCGGGUCUGAUGGCCAGCGGUGGUGGAGGUCAACUAGCGUUCGCCAACCGUAUCCAACCUCAGAUUCCUGAGACAGAAUCAGCACCUUACUACAGCUCGUCCACUUUACCCCGAGACAGCCUCACCCGACGCAUGGAUGUUCCCCCGGACAUUCCCCCGCACCACCAGUCCACGCUGGAGAGGAGGCAGUCCUCCCAGAGGCACUCGCUGAUCGCUGCAGCCACCAAGAUGCCCAGCGGAGGUGGAGUUGGAGGAGGAAUGGUCCCUCGCCAGCAUAGCUUCAACCAACGAAACGGCGGACCCCACCAGCCGCCUCCCCUCCUGGCGCGGAUGAACUCGACAGGCAGCGCCUGCGAGGUUCACUACCCCCUCAUCCCCAACGGCUACCUGGCACGCCAGCACAGCUACAACGAAGAGCAGCAGGAGGUCUCGCACAGGGGCGCCAUCGUCCGCCGGGCCUCCUCUCUGAAACCUGACGUCCCUCCCAAGCCCCUGUUCAUACCUGCCACAUCCCCGGUCAACCAACAGGGAAAGUUCAACUACUGAGAGGAGGUACACUCCUGGACUAGAGAGGGAGUCUCCCUCAUUGUGUCCUCUUAAAGGAACUUCCCUUUGAAGGAAUCCAGUAGGUUCGAGGUUGGCAGAUCUUCACGAGAAAACCGAUCGCGUGGCAGCCAGUGUCACUGUGGACGAAAGCCUCAACCAAACUUGUUUUUGCCCUCUUCUUUUUGUCCGACGAAUAUCUUUGUACCAUAUUGGUAUUGCUCAGCUACUCUGCUUAUUAUAGAACUGCUGACUCGGGUGACGUGAUGCCACCUCCUUAUAUUAGGCUGCCAAUGUCCUCAGUGUGGAUUUAACGAUGCAACUUAGUUUUUGGGCGCGUUGAUGUUGGAAGAACUUUUACACAUCAUCAUCUAUGAAGACUUAAAAAGCCAGAGGCUCCUGCGAUGCUUAGAUUCAUGCUUUUGCUUAACCUUUUUCUGAUGUAGUGUUGGUAACCAGUCCCCACCCGCCCCCACCCUUCGAAUGUGUUUAUAUUAUGCAUGUGUGUGUAUAUAUAUGUGUGUUUAUAUCCACACCGUAUAUGUAUACAUAUACAUAUGCAGUAUAUGUAACCUGUGGUGAAAAGUCAGCAGAUUCCCCUGAAAGUAGUUAUGUCUUUGCCUUACUAUACUCUUUCAUCUUUGGGCAUAUCAAACGAUCCCCCGCAACCGUCUAAGAAACGUCUUAGGGACACCAGAUCACGCUCCUCAUCGGUAGAACCCAUCGUCAAGUCGGCUAAUUAACACUGAACCGAAUUCGGUCACGUCGACAAGAGAGAGAGGAAACACUUCAACAAAGCAGCUAUACUCGUCUUUUCUUUUCUUUUUCCUCCCCGUCCCGGCAGAUGUCAGGUCACGAGUGACGCAAAAUCGGGUCCAUUUAAGUUCCUCCAAGAAUGUUUCUCAAAGUUUGGUGCUCCGACAAAAUCGAACGUGGGUCGAACAUCCUCCGAAAAAACAAAGUGGACCCAAAGACGCCGCGCCGUCUGGCAGAACGGACAUAAAUCAAAAUUUGAAAAAAAACAUAGAACUGGACUGCAGUUAUUCUAAUUAUUAACUUUGUGGCUAUUGGUUGUAAAUAAAGGAAUAAUUACUAGCCAAAAUUUUAACUGUAUGUGUAAAUGUGUGCCUUAUUUAAUAAUAGUGUGUGACAUGGGGGUAGGGGUUAAUGCAAGGGGCUCGGAUGGCUACUAUGCUACAGUAUAUUGUAGGUGUUUCAUUUUCUAUGGUCGUCAGUACGUGUCACAGUAUCCUGUUGUAUAUUUGAAGAGUUUCAUUCCAGAACGAGAGAUUCUGAUGAAGCGAUAGCGGCGAGUAUGAUUGUAACGCUCACUAACGAAUCGUACGUUUAUUUUGUAACAGAUUCAGUUGUUUUGAGAGAUAUUUAACUCUUUUUUUUUUUUGUCAGUGUUUUGGAAUGAAACCCUUCGUUUUUUUUUUCUCUUUGUCAUUUUUUUGUUUGUUUGUUUGUUUUUUUAUCCCACAAGUGUGAGCCUGCAGAUUUCAUUUUUGGGAGUGUUCGUACACACCGCCUGAGACUGCAGACCUUCAGGUUCGACUGCCUCCAUCAUUAUUAUGUCACUUUCCACUGGGUGUCACUUUCCCCUUAUAUAAGGUGCCAUUGAUAACUUUGUGUUGUUUUUUUUCUUCUGGGUGUCUAAAGAAGCCGUUCACAGUUCCUCUUCACCUGCAGACGUGUAGCCGUGGUAGAAGUCGCUCAUAGGAGGCUGAUUUUUGUUCAAACGCUUGAUUAGAAAUCUUUUUUUUUUAGUUCCAGUAGUUAAAGAUAAUGUGUUACUCUAUAUAGUUUUGAAAACCUGAAGACUUCUGCGAUGGUUACCGCUGUGGAUUUUGAUUCGCCUGGGUCACCAGGUGUCAACAAAUAGGAAGUAACUAAACGAGUGUGCGGGAAAACGUGGAGAAGUGCAAUGAACUCUGAUCCGACGAGCUCUCGGAAUCGAUCGCGGUCGAGGCCGCUGAGGUUUCCCCUCUCUCCGGGGGAUUCAAAAAAGUCCCAGCUCUCCGCCGAGUCGCUUUGGCCACGGUCGACUGGAACUGUGAUCAAUUCUGUGAAAGAAAACAGCACUACGCUAUUUACUGUAUCUCCAAGUGGUUGUUUAUCGAUUGAAAUUUCCCCCCCAAAACUCAUUUGACCCGAUCUGAAGUUUACGAUUCAUCCUCCACCUCCAGGAAACAAAUAGAAGAAAAAAUACGUCCGACCGCAGUGUUUGUUGAUUUGGAUAUUAACAGGCAGCGGAGCAUUAAAUAGCUUUUCGAGCAACAAAUACAAAACAUCCAAGUUGAUUUAAGGUCGUGACCGUUCUGAUUCGUAAGAGGAAUUGUGGCAGCUACAGUGUUUGAUGAGCGGAAAUGUUUUUUUUAUUUUUUUUUUUUAUUUGAAUCUGCCGGUGACAGAUUGUCCGGGAGAGGUAGCGGCCUCGCCUCUUAAAGCUCGAUCAGUAUUUGAUUUGGUGUAAAUACAUUCUCUCUGGGCGGGGUCUCAUUGAUUCAGUAUUAUGUUUUUUUUUUGUUUUUUUGAUUUCCAGGCUACGCCUCUUGAAUUACUAUGAAUUUGGACUCACAGAAUACCAUUGUAUGUCUCUUAUACUAGGAAUAAAAUGAAAAUAUGAUGCAAG